AUGGCGUGGUCCACUGAGAAUGGUGUCUCGACUUUCGACGAUGGGGCACACAGCCACUGCAUCGCGAAGACGGUGGACACAGGUGGAGUCGAGAGCAAGAGGCUUUACUUGGCUCGCACGACAGCUCUGGAGAUGCUCCGUGACAGAGGCUACCAAGUUACAGACACCGAGCUCUCCCUCUCUCUCUCGGAGUUUCGUUCUGGGUUUGGUGAGAAGCCAGACCUUGAACGUCUCCGUAUCUCCGUGCCUCUCAGCUCAAACCCAGUGAAAAAGAUACUUGUUGUGUUCAUGGGUUCUGAACCAGUCACUGUGAAGACUGUCCGUGCUAUUCACAUUCAGAUCUCCGGCACUGUUGGUUUGCAUGGGCUGAUACUCGUUUUACAGAGCAAAAUUAACCAUUUUGCUCAGAAGGAGUUGGCAACCUUUCCUUGUCCUGUUGAAACUUUCCCGAUAGGAGAUUUGUUGGUGAACAUCACAAAGCACAGUGGACAGCCAAAGAUUGAGAUUUUAACCAAAGAGGAGAAAGAAAAGUUGAUGAGUGCGCAUGGGCUUGAGGACAAACAGGUUCCCAUGUUGAAGGAGAAGGACAGUUUCGUGAGGUACCAUGGGUUAAAGAAGGGUCAGGUAGUGAAGAUUACAUACAGUAAAGAGCCUGUUGGGUCUUUCGCCACAUACCGAUGCAUCGUCUGAAGAGCAGGCGAAUUCAUUGCAAAGCGAGACAUAUUAUUAUCUGUUGAAAAUAGACUGUUUCUUAAGACCAUAGUACUUUAGUUUCAACUGUAAUAAGAGCUUGAACUUGGUUUCAAAGUAGGAAAAACUAGAGC